AUGUCGACUUCGAUCCUCUCAAGUCCCUACGCUGCUGCGCUAGGCGCCUGCAUUUUCUUCUAUUUCGUCGUAUACCCAGUUGUUGUUUACUUCCGCGAUGUUAAUGGUCUUCGUCGAUACCCCAAUUUUCAUCCUCUUGCUGGAAUUUCCAACGUUCCUUUCAUGGUUCUUGCCCACACCGGCGCACGGUCUACCUACCUUGAGAAGCUGCACCGCAAGCAUCCAGUGCUUCGAACUGGGCCCAACUCACUGUCGUAUGGCGACCUCCGUGCAAUCAAGGAUAUUUACGGUCACAACACACUUUGCACCAAGGACGGCGCUUAUGUGAUCACCGCCGGAUCCCACUACCAUCUUGCCGAUGUUGUCGACAAGCAUGACCACGCUCGCAAGCGCAAGACACUCAGCUCCGCAUAUGCGAUCAAGAACCUCGAGGGUUGGGAACACAAGGUUGCCGACAAGACACAAAGGCUGAUCAAGCACAUCGACACAUGCUGCACUGCGCCCCUGGCCCGCGGUGCACUUCCCAAGCCCGAAGAUUUUAACCUCGACUACCGCAAGUGGACCAAUCUUUUCACCCUUGAUGCCAUCGCCGACAUUGGACUUUCUGAGAAGCUCGGGUUCCUCGAUCAAGGAACCAGUAUGGUGACCGGACGCAAGACUGACGGCACCACAUAUCAGUGUGACCUUCGACCUGCUCUUUACCAGACUGCUCGCAAGCAAUCCCUUCUGAUCUGGCCCUACCAGUGGUACUUGAUCAUCAACAAGGUCGUCAACGUCCUCCCAUUUUACCGCCGCAUGGACAACUAUGCCAAGGAGUGGGACGGUAUUCCAAACGAAUUGGCGUACCGACGUCUGCAACGAUACCGUGCCGGUGAGAAGUCCGAUGACUUCUUCCAGGCCCUGAUGGAGGACAAGAACGGAUCGCCAAACAACCUCGAGUGGGGUGAGAUUGUCGCCGAAGUCAGCAUUAUGAUGAAUGCCGGCUCAGCAACAACCGCUAUUGCCAUCGCGAACGCAACAUUGCAGUUGAUAAAGCAUCCCGGAUGCAUGAAGAAGCUGAGGGAGGAGAUUGACGCCGCGCUCCAGGACAAUGAGGAUAUCGAUGAGACCGGGGUUAUCGCCUACGAUACCGUCAAGCAUCUACCAUACCUGCGCGCCUGUCUCGACGAAUCGCUCCGACUCUUCACACCCACACCUCAUGGCCUUCCCCGCGAGACACCCGCGGACGGUGCAAACAUCCUUGGCGACUAUAUCCCUGGCGGCGUAUCCGUCGCAAUGUCAGCCCAUGUCGCGCACAGACAGGAGUCUGUCUUCCCGCAAGCUGAUCAGUACGUUCCGGAGCGAUGGCUAGGUGAGGAGGGCAAGGCCUUGCAACCUUACUUCCUUUCUUUCUCGGCUGGCGCACGUGGCUGCAUCGGCCGCAACAUCUCGUACCUCGAACAGAGCGUUGUGUUGGCAAGUCUCCUGCGGAGGUACGAUUUCGCAUUGAAGACUCCAGACUGGGACAUCGAGCGGUUGGAGACGAUGAACUGGAUCUUGGGUGAGAUGCCGGUGAAGGUCUGGAGGAGGGAGAGAAAAUCAGCGUUGAGCAGCUAGCCGGAAGGCGCUCUCUAUGUCUUGUUUAGCGUUUCCUUGUCGCAAUCGCAUUUUCUGCUCAGCAUUUCUGCAGGACACGUGUUGAGAUGGAUCAAUGAAUCUUUAGGACUUCAACAUCGAGUUGCGACUGUUCGUGAAAGCUGUGCGUACGCGCAUGAUGAGAGCCCAGACGCUAGC